UUUCCCCUCCUCUUUCCCUCCUCUCUCUUCCUUUCCUUCCUCUUGUCUUUCUCAUUCUCAUUUAUUUCCUUUUCCUUUUAUUUAUUUCUUUUUGCUCUGUUUCCUCUCUCUUUUUGCCAUUCUUCACUUUUCUUUAUCUAAAUGUGAUGGAUAACUUUGUUUUAAUUAAUUUACUAUUAUGUAGACUGAAUUAUUAUUUUUAUUAGGCCAUCUGAGUGUCUUAUUCUUCCUCUCUGCACCCUUUCUUCCUUCUUUUUCAACCUCCCUUACUUUUUUUGGACCAUCCUUUGUCUUUCCAUCCUACCUUCCUUUUUUCCUUUCUGUCCCUUUAUUUUCUUCCUUACUGCCAUUUUUUUCCUAUCUUUUUCUGGUCCUUCCUUCCUUCCUCAUACUUCUGCACUUUCUUUUUUUUUCUUUCAUUCCUCUUCCUUCCUUCCUUCCUGUUUCUGGUCCUUUCUUCCUCAUACUUCUGUACUUCCUUCCUUUCACUUUGUCCUUUACAGUCCCUCUAGAAUAUCACGGUUUUGCGUUUGCGUAAAUUAACACACAAUCAAGGAAAUUCCGCAAUAUUCAUAGGGGCUUGCAGUCUUCCAAAAUUUCAGCAGAUUUUCCGCAAAUAACACAUUCAGUCAAAGCCCUCUUCGAUUCACCUGCGUCGAACAUGAGUACAGCUAAAAGGUCUCAUUUACCAACAAACAUCUCUGUGAAAGACCGCGCAUAAUUAUUUUGUGCAAUUUCGCCAAUUCGAGUAAUUUUCUGCAAAUUUUGCAUCACAAAUCCAUCCAUCUUCUAUACCGCUUAUCCUUUUCUGGGUCACGGGGAACCUGGAGCCUAUCCCAGGGAGCAUCGGGCACAAGGCGGGGUACACCCUGGACAGGGUGCCAAUCCAUCGCAGGGCACAAUUACAUACACAUUCAAACACUACAGACACUUUAGAGAUGCCAAUCAGUGUACCAUGUAUGUCUUUGGACUGGGGGAGGAAGGGGAGGAAACUGAGGAAACCCCUGCAGCACGGGGAGAACAUGCAAACUCCUCACAUGGUGGGAAUCGAACCCCUGACCCUUGAGGUGUGAGGUGAAUGUGCUAACCACUAAGCCACUGUGCGCCCUUGCAUCACAACAUUUAAAAAAAAAAAAAAAAAAAAGACUUCAAAAUCGCAGUUUUGGCCUCAACAAUCACAAAAAACAACACUGUGAACUCUAAUACGGGCUGCCAUUCAUUCCUUUCUCCAUUCUUUCAUCUUCCUUGUCCCUUUUUCACCCGCACCUCCGAGUCCGUCCUUGCUUUCCACCCUUUCCCAUCUUCCAUCGUUCCUCUUUUUGUACUUUAAUUCCCUUUUCUCCUCUCACUCCUUUCUGAUUGUUUGUCAGUUUCUUCCCAUCCUUCUUUCCUUAAAUUUCUGCCCAUCCUUAUUUCUUUCCCCUUCCUCUUCCCUUGUUUGCUUGUGCUUCUCUCUCCUGUCCACUAGGCUCCGCUCUGAUCUUCAGGAAGUUCAACACGGGGGAGGGAAAGCUUUGUGGAUGAGUGACUGAUGAAAAUGUUACUUCAGGAAAGAGCAGUGUUUGAAAUCUCAGAAGUGUGUUGGAGUGCGCAAGUGGCCCUGAUAGAUAGCUACACUAUCUUGUGUGUGUUUAGACCUUGUUGUGGAUGUGUGUGAGUGAGAGCGGGCGAGAGAAAUGGUCAGUGUGAGGAGGAGCUGGAGGAGGCGGGGACAAUUCCAGGACACCGCCCAUGUUGCUUUGACAGCUCCACUAAAACUGUGUGUGUGUGUACUGGUUGUUACUGCGCCGUGUGAGACUUAAUGCACGUCAUCUGAGUAUUUGGAGGAUCACCUGUGAGUGGAUCAAGGAUUCCGACACACCUGGAUUUCCUCUGAACAGAGUCAUUACUGCAGCUGGGCUGUUGUUGUUGUAGAUAAAAUGGAGAGCUGGUGGUGGUUGGUGUGUUUUUGGCUUGCUGCUCUCACAGAGUUAACGCAACAAAACACGAUGAGCUGCGAUGGCGUGCGCAAACUUCUGCAGCUGCAGCAGAUCGAUGCAACAACUGGUGUACUAGACACACCUGGGACAGCAUCGGAUCUUCAGGUGUGUCUUAGCCGUGAUGUGACCUGCUGCACGAGGAAGGUGGAGGAGCAGUACCAGACAGCAGUGCGCCAGGACAUCCAGAACCUUUUGCAGACCUUCAGCUACAACCUGAAGCUCCUCAUCACACAAAAUAUUGCCGCUUUACAAGACACGAUGGACUUGAUGGUACGUGAAGUGCAGAACCAUACCUUUUCCCUCUUGAAAGCUUUGUACGGUGACCUCGCAUCGCGUGCUUCCUCACCGCUGGCUGAACUUUUUACUGAUGUCGGUCUCUUUGUGCUGGGGGCAGAGCUUAACCUGGUAGAAGCAUCACAGCGUUUUUUCCACACAAUUUUCCCAUUGGUGUAUGACCAACUUGAGGAGCGAGGCAUGGCACCUUUAGAUCCCGUCUACCAAGAUUGUGUGCAGUCAGUCGGCCGUCGCGCAGCAACGUAUGGUAAUGCCCCAUUACGCCUUGCAUUGCUGGUGUCGCAUGCCUCGCUGGCAGAGCGGGUCUUUCUGCAGGCAAUGCACCUUGCCGUCGAGGUCAUCAACACCACAGACCAUGCUCAGCCAAGCCGCGAAUGCCGUCGCGCGCUAAUGCGCAUGCGCUACUGCCCACUGUGCCAGGCCCUCACAGACAGCAAGCCAUGUAUGGGCUACUGCCUGAACGUGCUGCGCGGCUGCCUUGCCAGUCUCGCCGAAGUCGACACCCACUGGCAGGAAUUUGUGCGCUCGCUGGAGGCGCUCGCGGCACGCAUGAACGGUGGGAACGAGCUCGAGCAUGUACUUUCGUCGGUCCCCUCUCUCAUCACCGACGCUGUGGCUUACACAAGAAGGAAUGCUGCCCGCCUCACCUCACAGGUUCAUAGACUGUGUGGAAAACCUGAACGCUCCGGUCAUGUCCAGCAGGGAGGCGCUAUUGACACACUACACCUCCAAAACCCAGAGAGAAACAAGGACACACUGAGUCACUGGAGACAGGAAUUCCUCAGUUCUUUGCGCCACUAUCGGGCAUUUUACGGAGGUUUGGCUGAUCAGAUGUGUGUCCGAGAGCUAGCAUCAACUGAUGGACCUACCUGCUGGAACGGGAAUGACGUGGUUAAGAGUUACACAAAGCGAGUCGUGGGCAGUGGGAUACGAGCCCAGACACACAACCCAGAAGUUCGGGUGAAGGAGGCUGAUCCGGUCAUCAACAAGCUGAUCGACAAGCUGAAGCAUGUCAACCAGCUCCUGCAGGGACGUUUUAUCCCUAAAGUGGGCACUCUGGGCCAGAUCGAGAUGGGCAGCGGAGACACGGACAUGACGUUUAGUGGACAAUGUGAUGAUGAGGAUGGAUGCUGGGGGUCUGGCGACAAAGCUGGAGAAACCAGGAUCAUUAUACCACCUGAGUUGGGUGAAGAGAAGCCUGGUGAAAACCCACACCGUGACUCUCACACACAAGCUGCUGGACACACACUUCAGGCUUCGGGCUGCAGGAGCGCACACGGUGCCGCAUCGCUUCUCAGUGCAGUGUGCACACUUCUAACGUUAUGGAGGUAACACCAACACCUCAACACACUCCGGCCCCUGAACCUGGACGCAGUAAAGACUCUCUUCUUCCAAGACGCCUUUUCUUCUCUCAUUGUUAUGUUUUUUUUUUUCUUUUUUUUUUUUUGGCACAUUUUCACUGCCAACUCUGAAACUUGCUCUGUAACGCUACUCCUUUGUGUUAGAGACCCUCUGGAGUCAACGAGGGUGAAAAAACAAGAACCCGGAGAUGUUCCUGAUGUUCCCUUACACACGAGGGCAGAUUUAAACAGUGUAGGGUGAUGAUUAUGGGGGUGGGGCUAUGCUCCAGAGGGAGGAUGAUUGACAGCUGGAGGGCACGCGACUGACCCGCAGCUUCUGACAAGGUUUUAAUGGAGUAAAAGGAAAACGGAGGAGAAAAUACAGGGAGGAAUAUGCAGAGUGUUCAGGAAUACAGAUUUAAACUCAUUUAAUCUUAUUACCGCUGAUUUUUAAUAUCUGAAUAUUCAUUACUGUUAAACAUUAAUAUUCAUAAGGAAGAGAGCACAGCCUAGUCAGUGUGGAGGAUUUAAAUGGAUGCACACAUGAUGCGUGGCUAGAUGGACGUUCAGACAGAGAUACAGUGCUGUGAAAAAGUAUUUGCCUCCAUCCUGAUUUCUUCUUUUUUUGUGUGUGUGUAUAUCUCGUACUAAAUAGUUCUAGGUCUUCAAAGUAAUACAACAUAAAACAAAGGCAACCGGAGUAAACACACAAUACAGUUUUUAUUUAUUUAUAUUUUUAUUGAAGCAAAAAAAAAAAAAGUUAUCCAACACCUAUCACUCAUGUGAAAAACUACAUACCCCCUUAAACCUAAAACCAAAUGCUUCCGAUAUCUGGCGAUCAGUCUGUUUUGAAGAGGAAGUUGCUUAGUUGCAUUUGUGAGAAAAUCGCUUUGUUUGUUUGAGAGUCGAGUUUUCCUUCGCAACGCAGAUUUUUUUUAUUUUUUUUUAUUUUUUUUUUUGCGAAACGGUAUAUUCAUUUGUUUCGUUUUCUCCCAAAUUUAACUCCAUACAAAUAGACAGACAGGCAGAUGAAUACAGAGCUACCUGUAUACAGAUAGGCAAACAUAUAGAUGGACAGACAUGUACAGUAGAUAGAUAUAUAAACAGACCGAGACAUAUAGAUAGACGGAUAUAAAAAGUCUACACACCCCUGUUGAAAUUGCAGGUUUUUUGGGAUUUAAACAAUUAAUACCAAAAGAAAUAAUGUCAGAUGUUUUUCCACCUUAAAUGUGAUUAGCAACCAAUAAAAAAUUUACAAUAACCUGGUUGCAUAAGUUUGCACACCCCCUAAGUAAUACUUUGUUGAAGCACCUUUUCCUUGUAAUACAUCACUCAGUCUUGUCUGGGUAAGAGUCUACCAACUUAGCACGGCAAUUUUAUUCCAUUCUUCCUUGCUAAAAUGCUCCAGAUCUGUCCAAUUUUGAGGGGAUCUCCUGUGCACAGUCCUCUUCAAGUCACUCCACAGGUUGGCAAUGACUACGUUUACAUGGACAGCAGUAAUCUGAUUAUUGACCUUAUUCUGAAUGACAUUAUUCUGAUUAAGGUGUUUACAUGAGUCGCUUUUAGAAUAUUCCUUUUAUGUUCCUGUUUUACAUGUUAUAGAACAUAGAGCGAUUAACGCCACACGUCAUUACGUCACCGGGCCACGCCGUCCGACGUUCCUCCAGAAUUUCACGUAUCGACACACAGUUGGUCUUCGUUAUGGAACCGUAUACAGUUUUGGGUGCUUCAUUUUUAAUUUUACGAACGCUUCAAGUGCAGUUAAUUCUUAGUCGUGCUGUAUGUGCAAAUAGACGACUGCUUGAAGCCGUGGGCUGCGUCCCAAACCACGUACUUCCUGUCUAUAUAGCAGCUGAGAUACAUGUAUUUCACCUACUAUAUAGCAAGUAAGUGUGCGGUUUGGGACGCAGUCACGCUCUCUUGUUUGCCGUCAAACGGUUGAGCGCUGCCGUGUGUGUACGUGUCCUGUCGCACAAUGCGGUGAAAACUCUCACACGACGUUAAUAGUGUGAUUAAGGUGUGUACAUGUCUGUAACGCACGUCGAUAAUACGACUAAAACAGGAAUACUCCACACGUCUUCAUUCGAUUUGUGUUUACUUCGAGUAUGAGACUUUAAUCAGAUUAAGGUCAUCAAUAAUCUCUGUUUACAUGCUAGUUUCUUAAUCUGAGUAACGUCAUAAUCGGGUAAAUAUCGGAUUAUUGUUGUCCAUGUAAACGUACUGAGUAGGAUUUAGAUCUGACCACUGACUGGGCCAAUUCAAAACGUUCAUCUUUUGAAGCCAUUCCAUUGUUGACUUGGAUUUGUGCUUUGGGAUGUUUGUGCCUGAAUAGAUUAGUAUUUGGAGCUUUGAAUGAUUAUUCCCUCUAUCUUGAGUAGAGCCGCCAUUCCAGCUGUAGAGAAGCAGCUCCAUACCAUGCUUCAACACGACUAUGGUGAUAAGCAUAUCUUUUAGAAUUAUGCCCAAAACGUUCUACCUUGGUCUUUUCGAUGAUUUAGGUGGGCUUGGAUGCUUUUUUUCAUGAAAGCCGCCCUACCCCAUAGCCCAGACGUGAUGAAUACCAGAGAUUGUUGUCACAUGCAGGGAAUGAUCAGUACUUGUACUGCAGCUCUUUUAAUGUUGCUGUUCGUCUCUCUGAUGUGUAAGUUUUCUUCUUGUCCUUUCAUCAACUUAGGAGAGACGUCCUGUACUUGGUAACGCCGCAUUUAGGGGCAUAACUUGGUUAGGGUACGUCUAAUACGUCUUGGUAGUUUUGGAAAUUCUUUUUGUACCCCUUUCUUGAUCAAUAACUUGCGACAGUGAGAUCCCGUCUAUGCUUUGUAAGCUCUUUGUGGAUCAUGGCUUCAGCAGUCGGAUGAAACCGAGAUGUCAAGACCUACAAGUCCUACAGAAACAGCUUGAUUUGGGGUUUGAUCGGAAUCACUUCAUUGGUGACGGGUGUGUGUAUGAUUACUUUUGAACAUAAGUUGGGAUGGGAUUUAUUUCUGAGCUCAGUCACAUGGCACAUUAUAAAUGUGUGCGCGCACACUUAUGCAACCAGGUUUCCCCCCUCCCGAAAACGUUCAUAUUUGUUUUUCCACUUGAAUUUUGUUGGUUGCUAUGUAUAUAUACAGUAGAUAUACAGUAUAUUAGGAAGAAGGAUCUCUGCUUCCUCACUUCAUGUGUGUAGGCUUUUGAUAAAGGUUUAUAAUGGUGUUAAUAUUGCGUUAUAAUGCUAUUUUCUAAGUUGGAUCUGUAUUUAAGGUAGAUUUAAAGUGUUGGUACAAGUCAGUACAAACUAACCCCUUUAAUAUAUAAUACAUGCACUUAUAUAUGCAGAUAUUGACUCUUUUAUUCCAUAAUGACCAUAUGGCACACCUUUUUUUUUAUUUUAUUUUUUUUUAUAAAGUGGAACAGUGCAAUAUUUUCAAUUUCAUCAUGCGCUUCUUUUUAAUUUUUUUUUUUAAUUUUUUUUUUUUUAAUCUUGGUACUAUGUACCAAAAAAAAAGUAUAUUAUUACACUUAUUUUAUUUGAUAUUAAUUUUUUUAAUACCCUGUAUGCUUAAUAUUUUUACAGAGCACAUUAACAAACUAAAUCCAAUCUCUGUCGCGUAUUUAUUUCGGAUUUAUAACGAGAGACAUUAAACUGAUGUGUUGACCUCAUUCUGUGUGUGUGUGUGCGUGUGUCCUCCUGUACUGAGCUGAUAACGAUUCUGUGUAAUAACACAAGUCAUUAAUCCCAUGAGCAACAGCCUUAAAUUAGCCAGUUAGCCUCAUAAGCCUAUUAGCAUGAAACAAUUUUAUUUUUUUUUUGUCACCCACAUGGAAUUUCUAAAUACAUCCUCAGAUUUAAUGAGUCAGUUAAACGUGUAAAAUAAUGCAUUUGUCCCAGAAGUUUGAUAUCUGUGUCGGUCAGUAAUGAAGCCUGGGGAAAUGGUGCUAAUUAAAAGUGUGCAAGGGUCGCCAGAAGUGUUUAUUCUGAGCGAUGAUAAUAAUAAUAAUAAUUAAUAAUAAUAAUACUUAUCAGUUAAAACCACAAGGAAUGGUGUUAAAUUAGCCGGUUAUGUUUUUAUGUGUAAAACAGUCUUUCAGAAACGUAAUAUCUGAGGAAUGAAUGCUAGGAAAGUGAUGUUAAUUAAAAGAGUACACGGCUCGCUAACAGUGCAAACAAAGCCGCAAUAUAAAAUGCUUUUGUUCGUAUGUGUGCUAUUAUUCUCUUAAUGACGAUAACACAAAUCAAUUAAACUCAUAAUGAAUUAGCGAGAUAGCACCAUAAGCCUGUUAGCAGCGCGUUAUUGUUUACCCAGAAUGCUUUUCUUUUCCUAUUUUUUUUUUUUUUUUUUCUUUUCCUAAACGCAUCCUCGGCGUGUAUAAUGGAAGCAGAACAGAUUAAAUAAGUCCAUUAUACAUGGGAAACACUGUCUUGGUUUCAGAAAUGUGAUUUCUGCUAAUAAGCAAGUAGUAAAUGGCGGGAAAAUUAUGCAAAUGUAAUGCUAAUUAAAACUGUACGAGGGUGUGAAAAAAAGAAAAAAAAAAGGACAAAAAAAGUGUUUCAUUUUGGGAGUUAAUGAUAACAGAAAAACAAAUCAGUCAAACCUGGAAAAAAAAAAAAAUUGUAAUUAAAUGUAUGUUUUACUCAUAAUGCGUUUCUAAACCCAUCAUCACCCUGCAAGAUAAAAUGUGUUUAUUAAAUGUGUGAAGCAAUAUCAUUUUUACCUCAGAAAUGCUUUCGCUAUGAUGCUAAUUAACCGUGCACAAGGCUCGCUAACAAUGCUAAUGAAGUGCUCAGAAAAUGAAAACGGGUUUUAAAGCCGCUGCCUCGAAAAAUAUCCACCUCAAAAUCUUAUUCAUAUGGCGUUCUUUUUUAUUAUUAUUUUUUAUAAAGAUAAUGCAUUUCUGAAUACAAUAUAAACACUUUGAUUAAAUGAGUCUAUUAAUGAUAUUUUUCCUCAGAUAUAUAAUUGUGUGUAUGACAUUGCUAAUAAUGCUAACAAGGCUCACAGAAAAAUGAUUUCCUUCUCUUUAUACAGUCAUAUCGGCUAGCUAGUUAGGUAGCGUGAUACAGUAGCUAGCUGGUUGUGCUCUAAAGCACUGGCUUAUUAAGUAGCUAGCAUGAUAGUGACCUAAUUUGGCCGGUAGCUACCAAACUAGCACUGAUGAGCAGUUUUUAAACAGUUAAUGUUUUAUAAACCUCCAUUCUGGAAAGGUUAUACAUCCCUGAGGGGCAACGGUGUUGGUGAUUUACCUCAGCCUCACCUGUUGUCUGUCUGUUGGUCAGGAAUAUCCACUGACAGCUGGAGGUGUUCACAGAGAGCUGGAGUUGGUAUUUUGGCAGUUAACUAGGUCUGUAUACCAUUCAAUAUUUUAUAGCGUUUUAGAGUGUUCCCAGGGUCCUAUGUUCUCCAGAUUUAUAUGGCGCAUAAUGAACACAUGAAAAGCUCUAUAUAGCACAUAAUGGGAACCUGAAAAACAGUAUGGCAUUUAUUCAGUUUAGUGUAUACAUAGAGAGAUUUAUGAAUUGGGGGGGUGCUAAGCCUCUUUUAGAGGGAUCUGGGCAGGGGCGCUGCUAGGGUUUCGGGGCCCACUGGCUAAUUUGUACUCCGGGCCCAAAGCCCACCCCCGCAUUUUCUCUUCUUAUUGCCACGUGUAAAAAUAAUCGUUAUCAAUAAUAAC